UCUAUCAGCACGAAGAACAAUAAAAACAGUAUUUCGCAGAUUUUGAUGACCUCAAUGGCAGUUUCAGAUGCAUUCGUUGGGGUGCUCGUUAUGCCACUCGCUGUCGUAGAAACGAUCAACAACGGAGCGUGGACGCUCGGCGAGCACUGGUGCACCGCACGCGUCGUGAUCGGGGUCAUCCUCUGCGCAGUGUCCAUCUAUCACGUGAUGUGCAUGGCCGUCGACCGGUACUUUGCGGUCUGCAAACCCUUCCUGUACCGACGAAUGAGCUCGACAGCCGGACACGUCAUGGCUGCUCUGUGCUGGGUGAUCCCGACAAUUUUGAUCCUGUUAAAUCACGUUAUCGGCUGGCAGUCCCUCGGCGUCGCUGUCGGUGUGGAGUGUGAAGGUCCGAACAACUUUUGCCUGAACGUGUACAACGAGACGGCCUUCUGCGUCAACAUUCUCCUCUACUUCUUCAUACCUUUCGCAGCCAUUUUUAUCCUCUAUUGUCGAGUUCUUCGGGAAAUUUUUAUGUUCAAUCAACGAAAGUCAAAGAGAUUAGAAUUAGAGAGACAGGUCGCUGAAGACACGAGCCCAAAAGGCAGUUUGUCGGCAAAAUACUUCAAGUCAGCAAGACAGAAUACAAUAUCCAAAACAUUUGCAUUUAUAAGGGAAAUAUUUCAUAAGGGAUCGUUUUCUCCGACUACCCCCAACAACAAUGGGGAAAGAACAUCGAUCACAAUUAUCAGUUUUAAGAUGAAUGACACAUUGCCUGAUCUAGGGCAUAAAAUGACGUCACCCCGACAAUGUUCUGAAGUAGAGUCGUUCCAGAACAUCAACAAUAGCACCAGGGCUUUCAAAUGCAUGCCGGGAAACGACAUAACAAAACUGAGGAAUGGAAACCCCAAUGUGAAGGCGUUCCGCACGAUUGGUUUCGUCGUGGCCUGUUUCACGGUCUGCUGGCUGCCAUUUUGUUUGUCCUCCGCCAUUAUCACUUUCAGUGGCGUAGCCAUGCCCGCUUGGCUGAGAAUGGGGGUCAGCUGGCUGGGUUACAUCAACUCCACCAUCAACCCUUUCCUGUUCUGCUGUAACAGGUCCGUCCGCAGGUCAGUCAGACAGCUGUCUAGCGUAUGUGUAAGAUAA